AUGCGAAAGUCACCAAGGAGUAUUGAAGAAUGGUUGUACUAUAAAUUGCUCAAUAGUAAAGGAUUCUAUCGAUUUGUAAGAGUUAUUCAUGAUAGAAUAAAUGGAAUAGAUCAUAUGUUAAGAGACCCAAAUUAUACUCAUAACAAUCAAAAAUACAAUAAUAUAAAUUUCACUACCACUUUUCAACCAACUAAUUUGCAAAAGUUUAAAGCAUUUAGAUUGUUGUUUUAUGAUGAAUGGAGGGCCACCCUGGGUUUCAAGAGGCAGAUACACAAACAUUUUAAAGAUUAA